AUUUAAUUCAAGCAGAUAUGACCACCGUAAAAUUAGACAAAGCUGAAGAAGGAAUCAAAAAACUUGUGACCAUCGGAGUCAAAGAUAUGGAAGCAGAUAUUAGCGAUCAUGAAGCUCAAGGCGAUUUAGAUAAUAUGGAUAAAAGAGACCUGGUGAAACUUGUCAUCAACAUGGCAAAGAACGAGCUUAGAUAUACUAAUUAUAAUUUCUCAGAGAUGAAUGAAAGGAAGGGACAUUUCAAGAGUGCUUUGACCGAUUUACAAAAGUCUAUUGAUGAAAAGACUAAAAAGGCUAAGAAGUACCAAUCAUUUGGGAAUGAUCCCCCACAAACGAUCAAAGCAUUGAAGCAAUCUAUUCAGCAAAACAACAAAGAAAUUGAAUCUCUAAAGAAAAAUAUAGACCAGUUUGAGCACAAGAAGUUUAAUGAGCAAAAAGCUCAGAACGAUGCAAAGGAACUGAUUGACAAGAAGUUGGUCAAAAAGACUUACAAAUUCUUGGAGAAGGAUACUCAUCCUCACCUAGUAUCUGUUUUGGAGGUUUAUAUUGCCCAAUUGAGAGCUAGAGAUAAAGCAUCUAGAGAAGACGUUGAGCUUUAUCUUAGAAAGUAUGAUGGUCUCCUAAUUUCAAUGAACAGACUGGAUACAAGAGAUAUUCCAGGAGAGUUCCUUCAAAUCUACGACAGAGAGCUUGAAAAGAACAAGGGAAAAUUCAGAGAAGGAUCUGAGAAUGAAGAUUAUGAGCCAUUCUAUAGUUUUGCUUACUUCACUAAUAGACUACUCGAACUAACAGUACAAGAGAAAGAACUUGAAAGGCAAGUCAAGAUCCUCGAAGACGACAACAGAGCUAAGGAAAAGGAAAUCGACGAAAUUGAAACCUUCAUAAAAGAAGUAGACGAAGUCAUUGAUUACCAAAACCAAGUUGAUGAGGAAGUCAAACAAUUUGAUAUCCUUCAGGAACAUUAUAACCUACUCAAUUUAAGAGCCAAAAAGAUUGGAAAGAAGUCGAAGUUCUUUGAGAAGUACUUCUUUAGACAAGUCAAAGAAAAGCGUAAGCUCAAGGACAACAAGCUCGAGAAGAUUGAUGUCAUGGAUGAUCUAGACAAUGUUCAAGAUAUUGAUGAUAGAGUCGAAGAGAUGGAUUAUGAACGCGCUAUCACUAAAGUUGAGAAAGAUCACAAAAAUGAUAACCCACUCGGUGAUAACCAACUAAGAGCAAAAACUCUAAAGAAGCAACCAACAGCCAAUAAAAUGCAGAAAUCCAAGGCUAAGAGUUCUGGACCAGCCAAUGUUGAAGACGUUAAAGUUGAAAUGAAAGAAGAGAAGAAGACAAAGGCUACUCCUAAAGAGACAACCAAAGGCAAGGAAGAGUCUGUCGAUGAUAAAUCUGCAGAAUCUAGUGAGCCUGAGAGUGUUGACGACCAAAGCAAUGAAGAUUCCUCUGAAGGUGGAGAUGACCAAGAUGCAAGUGAAGAGUCAGAAGAGCCAAGUAGCACAUAA